GAACGUUCUUGGACCACGCCACCCAGACGUCCUACAAGGUGUUUUCCGACUAGCUGUGACACUUCUUGCUGAGAGAAAGUAUGAAGAAGCUCAGAUCAUGUAUCAACAGGGCCUAAGGGCUAUGGAACAGGCUUCGAGACAAGGUCACCCAGAUGUCCUCGACAGUAUUAAUAUGCUCGGCGAAACACUCCUUGAUCUCGAAAGGUAUGACGAAGCGGAGGCUAUUUGUCGACGUGCAUUGGCGGGUAGAGAGAAAGCCCUAGGAGUAGAUAACCCAUCCACCCUUACCAGUGCCGAUAACCUUGGUCGAACACUGUAUCACCAGAAAAAGUACGAAGAAGCGGAGAGGAUGUUUCAAUCUACUCAGGCGGGCAGAAAAAAAUUGUUUGGCAUAUACCAUCCGGAUACCCUAAUGAGCUCCCUUCGCCUAGGUGUGACGCUUCUUGGUAGGAAAAAGUAUGAAGAUGCUGAGAUCAUUUAUCGACAUGCCCUAGGGGUUAUGGAGAAUGCCUUGGGGCCCGAUCAUCCGGAGGUCCUCGAGAGCAUGAAUACGUUGGGCGAGACGCUUCUCGAUCUGAAAAAGUAUAGCGAAGCGGAAGCUAUCUGUCGGCGUGCGCUGGUGGGUAGAGAGAAGACACUCGGACUAGAUCAUCGAGAUACCCUACUAAGUGUCAAUAAUCUUGGCCUGGCACUGCGCAAUCAGGAAAAGCACCAAGAAGCGGAGAUUAAUUAUCGACGAGCAUUGAUGGGUGCGGAGAAGACGCUGGGGCUUGACCACCGAGAUACCCUAAUGUGCAUGUAUAAUCUUGCUGGGGCAUUGCACAAGCAGAGGAAGUAUGAUGAGGCGGAGGUGAUGCAUCGGCGUGCACUGGCUGGUCGAGAGAAGAUUCUAGGACUAGGUCAUCGAUACACUCUUCGUAGCCUUAUCAAGACAGGCACAGUACUGCAUGAGAGGAGAAAAUACGAUGAAGCGGAAGUAAUGUAUCGACGCGCAGUUACGGAGGCAGCGAGAGCUCUGGGGCAAGACCAUCCUGUCACUCUAAAAAACUUUCGCCACCUCUCGAUGUUUCUCUAUGCCCGGUCGACCAUUACCAUGGAUGGAGCAUCAUGA